AUGGCUCUGUGCAACGGAGACAGCAAGCUGGAGUUCAGCCCUGCAGAGCAGAAUGGGUCGCAUGAGGGAGCAGUGGCAAUCCUGGAUGCAGGGGCCCAGUAUGGUAAGGUCAUUGACAGAAGAGUGCGAGAGCUUUGUGUGCGCUCAGAGAUUCUACCACUGGAGACCCCAGCCUUUGCCCUGCGAGAGCAAGGAUACAGGGCUAUUAUCAUAUCAGGUGGUCCAGCCUCUGUUUAUGCAGAGGACGCCCCCUGGUUUGACCCUGCUAUAUUCACGAUUGGAAAGCCUGUAUUAGGAAUUUGUUAUGGGAUGCAGAUGCUCAAUAAAGUUUUUGGUGGCACAGUUCACAAAAAAAGUGUCCGUGAAGAUGGCGUUUUCAGUGUUAACUUGGACAACACCUGCUCUCUUUUUAGAGGCCUACAGAAGGAGGAACUGGUUCUUCUCACACAUGGGGACAGUGUUGAUAAAGUGGCGGAUGGCUUUAAAGUUGUCUCUCAGUCUGGAAACAUAAUCGCUGGAAUUGCCAAUGAACAAAAGAAACUUUAUGGGACACAGUUUCACCCAGAAGUAGACCUGACAGAGCGGGGCAUUGUUAUGUUGAAAAACUUCCUGUUUGAUAUCGCAGGAUGCACAAAUAAUUUUACAGUGUUGAACCGUCAACAGGACUGCAUCAGUGAGAUCAGGGAAAAAGUAGGAACUUCAAAAGUCCUGGUGCUUCUCAGUGGGGGGGUUGACUCGACCGUGUGCACAGCUCUUUUGAACAAAGCUCUGGACCAAGAACAAGUCAUAGCUGUUCACAUUGACAAUGGUUUCAUGAGAAAGAGGGAAAGUCUAAGUGUGGAAGAAGCCCUAACAAAGCUUGGAAUCAAACUCAGAGUGGUGAAUGCAGCACAUACCUUCUACAAUGGAACCACUACCCUUCCCAUCUCAGAAGAGGACAGAACGCCAAGGAAACGAAUAAGCAAGACAUUGAAUAUGACCACCAACCCAGAGGAGAAAAGAAAAAUCAUAGGAGACACUUUUGUAAAGGUGGCAAAUGAAGUUAUAGGGGAGAUGAAUCUAAAGCCAGAGGAGGUCCUUCUGGCUCAGGGCACUUUGAGACCGGACCUGAUUGAGAGUGCCUCUCAUUUGGCCAGUGGCAAAGCAGAAGUCAUCAAAACGCACCACAACGAUACAGAGUUAGUCCGAAAACUCAGAGAUGAGGGGAAAGUUAUUGAACCUCUUAAAGAUUUUCACAAAGAUGAGGUCAGAGCUUUGGGAAGGGAGCUUGGUCUCCCAGAAGAAAUAGUCUGUCGGCAUCCUUUCCCGGGUCCCGGUCUGUCCAUCCGAGUCAUCUGCGCAGAGGAGCCUUACAUCUGUAAAGACUUUGCUGAGACAAACAAUAUUCUCAAAAUCAUCACAGACUUUUCCACAAGUGUCAAAAAGCCCCAUGCCUUGCUUCAGAGAGUAAAGUCAUGCAUAUCAGAUGAGGAGGAGGAGAAACUAAUGCAGAUCACCAGCCUUCAUUCACUCAAUGCCUUCCUUUUACCCAUCAAAACUGUCGGUGUCCAGGGUGAUUGCAGGUCCUACAGUUAUGUAUGUGGUGUCACAAGUAAAGAAUCUCCACACUGGGACUCUCUCAUGUUCCUAGCCAGGCUUAUUCCUCGCAUGUGCCAUAGCAUCAACAGAGUGGUGUAUAUUUUUGGGUCCCAUGUGAAAGAACCUCCAACAGACAUUACUCCCACCUUCCUGACCACAGGCGUUCUGAGCACACUCAGACAGGCUGACUAUGUAGCUCACUCUAUUCUCAGAGAGUCUGGUUACUCUGGUAAGAUCAGCCAGAUGCCAGUGAUCUUGGUUCCGCUGCACUUUGAUCGGGACCCUCUGCAGAAGCAGCCAUCUUGCCGGCGCUCUGUGGUCGUCCGCACCUUUAUCACCAGCGACUUCAUGACAGGAAUACCUGCCACACCAGGCAGCCAUAUCCCAGAGGAGGUGGUUCUAAAAAUGGUGAAUGAAAUAAAAAAGAUCCCAGGCAUCUCCAGAGUAAUGUAUGACCUGACGUCCAAACCUCCAGGCACCACUGAGUGGGAAUAG